UCCAUACGAGACCAAUGUCUGGAAGACUGCUCUCUAAAAUUGAACUCCUGAAACCUCAACGGUGUUUAUAGCAAGUAAGGCACAGUUUGGGAUUCCAUGCAGGUUGUCCUCACAGAUGCACAUUUAUAAAUAUCAAAGAUUCAAACAUGUUGCAAGAAAAAAAAUGGAGAGUCGGAAUUGUAGGGUAUGGCCAUAUAGGUGAGUAUUUGGUGAGCCAGAUCCUAGGAGAAGGUGAUCAGUACAAUCUGGAACUAGCAUUUGUUUGGAACCGGAGUACGGAGAAGAUGAAGGGAAAGGUGUCAGAUGAUCUCCAGCUCCAAGAUCUCUCCCAAUUUACUCAACGCUGUGCAGAUCUGAUAGUAGAAGUGGCUCACCCAUGUAUAGUGAAAGACUACGGAGAAGCAUUUAUUUCUUCAUCAAAUUUCCUGGUUGGAUCUCCUACGGCUCUAGCUGAUCAAACUACAGAAAUAAAGCUUAGAGAAAUCGCCAAGCGUUCUGGACACACGCUAUAUAUUCCAAGCGGUGCCUUUUGGGGUGGAGAAGAUAUUCAGAAAAUGGCAGACAGAGGAACACUUAAAGGCCUCAAAAUCACCAUGACGAAACAUCCGGAUAGCUUUAAACUCACCGGCCCCCUGGUGGAGAAGAAUAAACAGGCAAUAAAUGAGCGGUCGGUUCUGUAUGAAGGCCCUGUACGAGGUCUGUGUCCGCUGGCACCAAACAAUGUUAACACCAUGGCAGCCGCCUGCAUGGCAGCCCACACGCUUGGCUUUGAUAAGGUGAUUGGAAUCUUAAUCGCUGAUCCCAGCAUCCCAAACUGGCACUUUGUGGACAUUGAAGUUAAAGGACCAACUAACGAGAAAACAGGACAAACUUUUGUUAUCAAAACCAGGAGAAUGAACCCAGCUGCACCCAGUAGUGUAACUGGAAGUGCAACAUUCCUUUCGUUCUGGAGCAGUGUACUUGUUUGCAAAGGUCAUGGAGGAAGAGUUUAUCUCUGUUAAGUUACAUUUAUUAAUCUUAAAAUAUGUAUAGUUAAUAUUUACAAG